AGUGUCCGGUGUCAAACUUCAGCUGCAGUAGAAACUUUGGACGGUUCUGUUUGAAGUCGGAAUUUUAACCAGUUUGAUCUGUUAAUGUAAAUAUUUUGUAUCCGUGUAAAGAGAUAAAAGCGAAACUACACAUUUAGUUUAAUCCUAACUUAGUCAGUAGGUUAAGUAAAGUUGAUCAAAGUCAGAGUUUAUGACUAGUCACGUUUACUAGCACAGAAUAUUUCCUGUUUUUUAUAAACAAGAUUUCUUGAUUGAUUGACGAGUUCAGAGAAGUCUGAUCUGAUCUGAUCUGAUCUGAUCUGAAUGUUGAGUUGGACACUGGAUUGGACACAUCAUGGGAGAGCAGAGAAACUCAGACUGUGGGGUGAAUGAGAAAUGUUUCUCCAACAGUGAAGCUCAGAAUGAACAUGGAGUGCAGAUCUUCUCAGAGCCCAGUGUGGUGGAGUCCAGGGAUCAGAUGGAGACCCACUUGUACAAGAGGAGAUGGCUGAUUGUGUUUUUGUUCAGCUCUUAUUCACUUUGUAACUCCUAUCAGUGGAUCCAGUACGGCAUCAUCAACAACAUUUUCAUGAAGUUCUACAAUGUCGACUCCUUCACCAUAGACUGGAUGUCCAUGAUCUACAUGCUCACCUACAUCCCACUCAUCUUCCCCGUCACGUGGCUCCUGGACAAGAAGGGGCUCCGCGUGGUGGCCCUCGCGGCCACGGCCCUCAACUGCGCUGGGACAUGGAUCAAAGUGGCCAGCGCCAGGCCGGACCUUUUUCCAGUCACCUUUCUGGGUCAGGUGACCUGCUCCAUAGCUCAGGUGUUCAUCCUCGGGAUGCCUUCGCGCAUCGCCUCGGUGUGGUUUGGGUCCAAUGAGGUUUCCACCGCAUGCUCUAUCGGGGUUUUUGGAAAUCAGCUUGGCAUCGCCAUUGGAUUUUUGGUUCCACCAAUCCUGGUUCCAAAUGUAGAGGACUUGGACGAGCUGGCCAAUCACAUUCAGGUGAUGUUCUACAUCACAGCGGGCGUGGCCACGUUCCUCUUCAUCCUGGUGCUCAUUGUGUUUCAGGAGAGACCUUCUCUACCUCCAUCUCAAUCUCAGGCUUCAGUUCGUCUGAUCCCCACAGAGAGUUACUCAUACUCAUCCUCUAUCCUUCGGCUCCUUCGCAACACUCCCUUCAUCCUGCUCCUCAUCAGCUAUGGGUUGAACGUUGGCUGUUUUUACGCCGUUGGGACGCUGUUGAACCAGAUGAUCAUCAAACACUUCCCGGGUGAAGAGGUGAAUGCUGGGAGAAUCGGUCUCACCAUCGUCAUUGCUGGUAUGAUCGGCUCACUCAUCUGUGGGAUCUGGCUGGACAGAACCAAAACCUACAAACAGACUACACUGGCCGUGUACGUGAUGUCUCUGGUUGGUUUAGCCGUUUACGCCUUCACCCUGGAUCUCGGUCACCUGUGGCUCGUCUUCAUCACUGCUGGAGCUCUCGGAUUCUUUAUGACAGGGUAUCUGCCUCUGGGGUUUGAGUUUGCAGUUGAACUCACCUAUCCUGAAUCUGAGGGGACGUCCUCAGGCCUGCUCAACUGCUCAGCUCAGGUGUUUGGGAUUAUUUUCACCAUCUGUCAGGGGAAGAUCAUUUACACUUUCAGCACACUGGCAGGGAAUCUGUUCCUGUGUGCAUUUCUGAUCAUCGGGACUAUUAUAACAGGAUUUAUUAAGUCGGAGCUCCGCAGGCAGAAUGCAAAUCAGUUAACCAAGACGUCUGCUGCAGUCGUUCUGGAUUACGGUGCUACGACUCCGAUUAACUACUGAUCAAUCAAUCACCUCUCAACACACGUAAGCACAGGUAAAAUCAAAUGGAUCACAUGUGAAUUCUAUUGCUGUUGGACCAGCUACAAGAAUGUAACCCCACUCCUCACACACACUCACACACACACACACACACACACACACACACACAUUCAUUUUUGUGUUCAAGCAGUAUUUUUAUUUAUUGUCCAAAUUAUCAUGUUUAUAUUCAAAUGUCUGAGUCCACUGUGGGCAUGUCCCAAUCCACACACCCUAAUUCACUAUACAGUCCACAUAAACACCAUCAGUCCACUCUGGACGUGUCCCAGACCUGAUAUUAUUUCAUGUUCCCGCUGUGAUCAAAUGAAAGUGAAAAGAGUGUAAAACACUUCAUUUCUGACUUGCACUUUAGUCAGUGUGUCCAAAAAUAUUUCCAACGUAUGAAAUCAUCACAAGGAGAAUCGUGUAGCUCCGUGCGGUGGUGUUUAAUCCACUAGACUUGCGUAUUCGGCCUUGAGUGGAAUUUUUUAAAUAAAUUAUUAAUAACAGGUUCACAUUUCAAAAAGUCCAAAGGAAUUAAACUCUAUUAUUUCUAACAUUAGUAUUUAAAUCUUUCAAAAUCUGAUCAACAGUUUUAUUAACCGUAUAAACAUCACUCCCUAACCCCUACUCCCUAACCCCUACUCCCUAACCCCUACUCCCUAACACUAAACCCCAAACCC